AUGCCACAGCGAUACAACUGCGACAUUAUAGAUCCGGCAAACACCGUAAAGGCUGCCCUCCACAAUGCUAGAGUAUCUUUCAAAAAGACCCGCGAGACCUGUUCUACACUCAGAGGAAGGACAGUAGAUGGAUGCAUUGCUUAUCUUGAGAAUGUUAUUGGCAAGAAGGAAUGUGUUCCGUUCAGAAGAUAUCGCUACGGUGUUCAUUCUACGCCACAGGCACGUGCAUUUGACGGAAAGUAUCCAUGCACCAAGGGGAGAUGGCCAAUUAAAAGCUGUGAGACAGUCAUUAAGCUUCUGAAAAACAUCAAGGAUAAUGCUGUGCAGAAGAAUCUAGAUGCAAGGGAGCUGAUCAUAAAGAUGAUAUCUGUGAAUAAAGCGCCAAUUAUCCACGGAAGAUGCUUCAGAGCGCACGGCAGAGUGAAUGCAUUUAACAAGAGCCCAUGCCAUCUUCAGGUUGUUUGUGUGAAGAGAUCUGAGAAAGUGCCGGUGGAUGCAUCUAUUGUCGAGGUAAGGGAGGAAUAA